GGUGGCGUCCCCUGGUGGCUGGGGGCGCACCUAGCCGGCCGUGUCCCAGUUGUCUUUGAGCGUCCGUCGGGCAGGCGGCGGCCUACAGUCGCCCAGCAAUCGGAUCGAUUUGUGCCGGUUACUGGCGGUUACCGGGUGUGCCGCGGUGCCCGUCGCUGCCGUUACGACCCGGGCCAACCAACCAGUGACGUCAGACAGGACAGUGAGCGAUGGCAACAGUCUCCCGACGGACUAGUGGCAUUCCCCAGCCUGUGGCGUCACGAGGACCCAGUCGACUAAGCGCUAAACAGAGGUCUACUUCUCAACCGAGGAGACAGACAGAACGCGCUCCUUCACCUGGGUCUUCCUCACCAGAGCCGGCCGAAACUUCGGCCUCGGCGGCAGUCGGGGAAACUUCUGAAUACUCAGGCCACCAACAGGCGGCGCCAGAGUCACCCUCACCUCCAACGACGGCUGGCAGCACCAGCAGUUCCCCAGAGCGCCACUCGGCGGCGCCACGGUCGCCGGGCGCGGAGAGCGCCUGCAGUCAGCGCUCGCAGAUGAGCAGUCUGUCUGCCUCGCUCAGCAUGAACAGUUCCCUGGGACCUGGCAAAGUACGGGCCAUGUUCCAGGCUCGCCGCAUGGGCGGCACCUCAGCACAAAACUCGCCAGUGGGGUGGGACAAGAGCUACCCGCUGGAGCCCAUCAGUAAGAGCUCACCUCCGACCGGCGGCCGGCAGAAGCGGACACCGCCGGCGCGCAGCGGCGCGGGCAAGCGCGCCGACCGUUCACCGCCUCAGCAGCAGACGGUAAGUCGAACCAAGGGGCGCGGCGCUCCGCUGCGCCGGACCAAGAGCCAGGGCGCCAUCGAGGCCCCGCAGAAGCGUGCGACCAAGCCGGCCGCACGCAGCAGCUCAGUAGGGCGCGCCAAAAAGAAGCCGCCGCGCAGACAGGAGGAUCGCAAUCGAAUAAACGACGAGCUGCGUCGCCGAGAGGGCGAGCUGCUCGACAAGAUCAAGGACACCACGAAGGAGCCGGCCGGUCUGAAGGCACGCGCGCCGCGCAGGAGUAAAUCAAAGUCACCGGCGCCCCCGAAGGCGGCGGCGGCGGCCAAGCCCGCGCGGCAGACGCUCUCCCCAUCGAGAGGAAGGAAGGGAGGCGGCUCCCGACGACCCUCGGUCAAUGGCGGGUCACGGCGAUCAUCGGUCAAGCCGUCUGACGCCCCGCGGCCGCCGCCGACCGACCCCAACAUGGCCCAGUGCCCCAUCUGCACGCGCUCGUUCGCCAAAGACCGGCUGGAGAAGCACCAGGAGAUCUGCGAGAAGAGCCACGCCAAGAAGCGGAAGGUGUUCGACCCGGUCAAGAUGCGGGUAUCGGGCACGGAGUCGGAGCAGUAUCUGAAGAAAAUUAAACAGGGCGGCGACAAACAGCAGAAGAACCGCUACCGACAGUCGCCAAAGAAGGUGGACUGGCGGAAGCAGCACGAAGAAUUCGUCGCCAACAUCCGAGCGGCGAAGAUGGCGCAGGCGCAUGUAGACGCCGGCGGAAGUCUGGCCGACCUUCCGCCUCCGCCGCCCUCCGAAAACCCCGACUACGUGCAGUGUCCGCACUGCGAGCGACGCUUCAACGAGGCGGCGGCCGAGCGGCACAUCCCCAAGUGUUCGUCCAUCUCCAGUAACAAGGGUCCGCCGGGCAAACAGGGCGGGAAGAGGGGCGGCCGGAGGUAGACGGGGAGGGGAAGGUGGUGAAGAGCGGUAGUUUCAGUUUCUGCAGGCAGGGGCGAGGAGCCGACGGCCAGUAUUAGGAGAGAAAUGGACGAGGGGCUAAAGUUUAGGGGAGCUAAAGGGACGAAGGCAAGGAUAAAGGGUCAGUUUGUAGUGGUUACUACGACCGAUGUAAUCAAGGCCUGAAAGAGGGGUUAAGACGGCGAACCGUCGGCAGAGCUGAGCUGGCGAUAGGCUGAUGGUCACCAAGGUAAGCCGUUCAAUGAUGGAGCGAAGGAUGUUGUUGUCUGGGAAGAUAGGAAGAAACGGCUUCGGAGACGGAAGGGGGGGGGGGGGCGGUAAGAGGGGCGGAUAAGAGCUAUCGGUGCCGAGGUGACGCUAUCGAAUAGGGAAGCGGCAGCUGGCGAUACCGUUUACAUGUAUCACCGCGGUCCGCGACCUGCUAUGGGAUGGGGGCAAAGGGGACAAUAGUAUCAGUCAAAUGAGACUGAUGACUGAUGAGGGCAGGGAUGAUCACAGUCCGUCUACGCCCACAAGUUUGAGAGCACCGUUUAUUUUACCUUUUUGUAGUAUUAAUUGUGAGAUUUGCAACUGAUGUGUACUUUAUAGUGAUAUUUCUGUGCAGUCGUUUUAAUUUAGACGUUUGUUUAUAGAAAUGUCGCUAAAUUGCGAUACUGAUACUGUGGAUCAGUUUUGAUACUCCGACGUGUGAUCUUCAGUUGAGCACCAUCGCUAAUCGAAAUGUCGUGCCUAUGCUGUUCUGUGAUACAUAUCCUACCCAUAUAUCAGCUGAGCACGGUCCUUUAGUCCGUUUGCGAGGGCGCGCCGCAGUGUUGUUUGCAUUACAGGCGCAGUGUGAUAUCAUGAAUGCGAGUGUAUGCAUGUGGUAUUAAUACAUCAUGUGAUUCAGCGUACACAGACCACAGUACUCACAAAGUCACAAGACGAUCACGAAGGUACUGAACGCAUCAGUACGAUGUGAUCAUGAAGAGAUACCGGCGGUUAAUCACAAAGUGCAGCGAAAAUAAAUGUGAACUGAGAGUUAGAUGAAUGAUUAUAGGGAAAACAAUAAAAGGAUU